AUGCAGGAAAAGAAGAAAGUUGCCAUCGUUGGUAGCGGCUGCACUGGCAUUGCUGCACUAUGGGCUCUCAAAAGUACCAAUCACGAAGUUCAUCUUUAUGAGGCGAAGGAUAGGCUAGGGGGCCAUACCAAUACAGUCCCUUUUAGAUAUGAAGGAAAAACUGUGAAUGUUGAUACUGGCUUCAUCGUUAUGAACAGCGCUACCUACCCGAAUUUUAUUGCCUUUCUGAAAGAGAUCAGAAUACCCACUUCGCCGACUGAUAUGACCUUUGGGGUGUCUCGCGAUCAAGGACUCUUCGAAUGGUCUGGGACAUCUCUCUCUGCUGUAUUCGCUCAGAAAUCCAACUUCUUCAGACCUCGGAUGUGGCAGAUGAUCUUCGACAUUGUCCGAUUCAACCAAUUCGCGCUGGAUCUGCUUUCUGAGGAAGACGAGAGCGAAAUCGACAUAAGUGGAGCCAACGGGUCAGCCAAACACGUUGGGAAGCCUGCACGGCAACAAAGUAUUGGAGAGUACUUGGACCAAGAGGAUUAUUCAGAAGCCUUUCGCAACGAUUACCUGAUACCCAUGACUGCUUCCGUCUGGAGCACAAGCCCAGACAAAGCUUCGUUAGAGUUUCCGGCCAUUACCCUCGUUCGAUUUAUGUGGAACCACCAUCUCCUCACCACAGUGGCUGCUCGCCCAACAUGGAUGACGAUCAUAGGCGGCUCGAAGCAGUAUAUUGAUGCUGUAAUGCGUGACUUCCCUGAGGAUCACAUUCAUCUCAAUACCGGGAUUCAAUCCUUGAGCUUCUUAGAGAACAAACAGCUAGCUAUUCAUCGAACAGAUGGUAAAAGAGAGGAUUUCGACCAUGUAAUUCUAGCAACGCACGGCGAUCAAGCAAUGGAUAUCAUUCGCAACAUAGCCACACCACAAGAAACAGAAAUCAUGUCGGGAUUCAAGACCAGUAAGAACACAGCAGUGCUCCAUUCAGACCGCUCGCUCAUGCCAAAGCGAUACGUUGCUUGGUCCUCUUGGAAUUAUAUCACUACCUCCCCAUCUCCCAACACCGCUCCGUCCGUCUGCCUGACUUACUGGAUGAACCUUCUUCAGCACAUUCCCUCCCUCUAUGGUAUGGUCCUUGUGACUCUCAAUCCUCUUCAUCCGCCCAAAUCUGCACAAGGUAGUUGGACAUAUCAUCAUCCAUUAUACAAUGCAGCUGCUAUACGCUCGCAGAAACUUCUGCCACGCAUACAAAACACAAGGGGCAUAAGCUAUGCGGGCGCCUGGACUAAGUAUGGGUUCCAUGAGGAUGGAUUCUCGAGCGGGCUCAAGAUCGCCUUAGAGCAUCUGGGGGCAAAGCUGCCGUUCGAGUUCGUGGAUUCGACGUUUUCGAGAGGAAGGAGACCGGUGCUUGGGUGGAUGGAUCAUACUGUGCGAGGCUGUAUAUAUAUGAUAGGGCUAAUUGUUUUUCUGGUAGGAUGGGUGCUAGCUUUGGUGCCUCGGAGGGGUACGAAGAACAUUGGGGACAAGAAGAUCCAAUAA